CUCUCUCUCUCUCUCUCUCUCUUUCUGUCCUAUCUUUCUCCAAUUUUCUUCUUUUCUUAUUCUUUCAUCUUCUUAUCCCCCAUAACCAACCCCCCGUUCAUAUCUCACCUUUGUCAACCACAAAUCGUGUUGAAAGAAACUACCCCUUACUCAACCUUUAAAAAAAAGAAAAAAAAUUUUUUCUUAAUUGGAAUUUAUAAAAGAGAGACGUAUCAUCAUUGAGUGAACACAUAUACAGAUGCACACACACAGACACACAGACACUGAUGAUUUAAGAAGAAGACUACUAUAAGUGUGUUAUAUUUGAAUUUUCCUGUUUUUUUUUGGGGGGAUUUUUUUUUUUGGGAAUUUUUUUUUUUUUGUUGAAUUUCUCAUCAAGUUCUACUUAACUCCUUGUUAAUACACUUGUUCGUCAUCGUCGUCAUCAUAGUCGUCGUAGUUGUAGUCGUGUACGUGUGAACGCGUACCCGCAACCGGUCAGCGCGUGUGCACCCGACAACGAUCGAUCCUCACCACGAUAGAGAUCCAGAGAGAAGAGAAAACGCGAUGGACGGAACCACCCUUCAACUAGACGACACAAACGCCAGAUAAGAAGCAACCAAAACAGGAUCAAAAUCACUGACUUAUUUUUUUUUUUCUUUUCUUUCCUUUCCUUUUCUUUCCUUUCCUUUCCUUAUCCCUUUAACUUUCCUUUCUUUUUCUAAUUCCUUUUUCUAUUAUCUUUAUCCUACGGGUUGCUUCGUCGUUUCGCAACACUUUUAUCAACGAUUCCAAGGAAUAAUCUUCUUAUCACGGAAAAAGGAAGAAAUAUCGAGGAUUGAGGAUUACAUGCUGAAGAUUUCAAGGAACAAACAGGAUCAAAACUACUACAACCUUAAUAAUAAAUUCAAAGAAUCCGAAAUAAAAGAAAUCUAUCGUCAAUCAUCGAGUAAGAAGAGUAGUAGAAUCAACAAAAUCGUUACGAUGUGAUCGAUCAAAGUUAAAAGACAACAUUUAAAAAAAAAAAAAAAAAAGAGGGGCUUCUCCAGCCAGGUUCUUCACUGGCAAGGGAUGUCCUCCUCAGCGGGCACGAGUUGCACGGACGCCGAGGAGGACGCCGAGGAUGUGGAGAACGAGGUCGUUGAAACGAGGCCUGCUUCGUUGUUUGCCCGUUUUCCGUCGUCAUCUUCUUCACCCUCGUCAUUAUCAUCAUCGACAACAUCGUCGUUUAAAACCAAAACAAGAAGAAGAAGAAGAAAAUCAACGUCGCCGUCGUCGUCGUUGUUGUUUUUAUUUUUAUCAUCUGCAACACCAUCAUCUGCAACACCAACAGCAACAACAACAAGAAGAGGAACAACGUCAUCAUCGUUAUCAUCAUCAUCAUCAUCAUCGUCUAACUUUAAUUCAUCGUCAUCUAAUAUUAUUAUUACGUCACCAAGUUCCACGGCCAGCAUUAGCUAUAGCUCGGCCAAUCGCGUGGAAGGACUGCGGUUAGAUGGGUCAGUGCUCUUAUUUGGCACGUAUCCAUCAGCACCAACAGCAGCAGCAGCAGCACCAGCAGACCAGAGGGAAUUUACGAUCGUAUCCUAAAAGAAAACUUGAUUCUUGGCUCACCUAUUUAUACUGUUACUAUAAAAACAAAAACAACAACAACAACUGGAACAACUGGAACAACAAGUAUUAUUGCGACUACUACAACUACUACAAGUGCUACUACUAUUUCAUCAUUAUUAUCUUGUUCAAUCAAUUUGUUGAUUCCUCAAACUAUUCCUUGCUUAUCCGAUCGAUCUUUGUCCUAGUCAUCGAUGUGACUACUUUGUUAGUCAUCUUGGUCAAUAAAAGUGGGCCAAAGGUCAUCGUCCUUCUAUCGAUCAAUCUCUCCUCCCUUCUAUUCUUUUCUCUUUCUACUUCAUCUUAUUGGUCUAUCUUAAAUCUUUGUAUUAUUACUACUACUACUACUACUACUAUUUCAUCGUUAAAAAGAAAUAAGAGACUACUAUUAAAAGUAAGAAAACUUUCGUAUUUCUUAUCUGCCAACACUGCGAUGUCGCGUGGGAGGGAAACUAUCUUCAGGUGACGAAAGAAGCGUCACGUUAUCCUUUUAUUAUUUUUCUUUUUCUUCCUCUUCCUCAUCCUAUUCCUCAUCCUAUUUAUCCUUAUCUUAUUCCUUAUCCAAUCCCUUAUCAUAUUCAAUAAGCAUAAUAUUCGUGUAUAUAAUAAUAAUAAUAAUAAUAAUAAUAAUACGAUUUGGGAGUAUCGAUGAUUCGGCCAGCGGCGAUGACGAUAACCUUGACGAUGAUGAUGACGAUGAUGAUGAUAAUGAUAAUGUUGUCGUCAAUGAUUAUACCGAUUAUUAUGACGAUGAUGAUGAUGAUGAUGAUGAUGCUGAUGGUGAUGACGACGACGAUGGAUUCUCGUUUUUGGAUAUCGCGAGUGUGCCAGUAGUAGUGGUGACGUGUGUGAACAAAGAAGGAAAAGGGUGAAAAAGGGUGACAAGAAAAAGGAGGGUGACAAAGAGAGAGAGAGAGAGAGAGGGGAAGAGAGGAAGGAAGAAAAACACAAAAAGGGAGGCAGGAAGGAAAGAAGGAAGGAAGGAAGGAAGGGAACACAAAAAAGGGCUGCUGCAAUGCGGUGCUCAAGGUACCGGCUCGAGUUCCUCCUCGUCCUCGUCGUCGUCGUCGUUGUCGUCGUCGUUGUUGUCAUCCUCUUGGUCCUCCUCCUCCUCCUCUUCGUCCUCCUCGUUAUCGCAGAACCAACGAGCUCCUCCUGAUAGUCAUCUCAAGUCAACGACCACGGUUCAGGAUCGUUCAACGAAGAAAGAAGGAUGCCAGGGGGCCGUAGGGGCCUGGUAGCCCCCCAAAAUACGUUCCUUGAGAACAUCAUCAGACGUAGCAACAGUCAACCUGACAGCAGCUUCUUAUUGGCAAAUGCACAGAUCGUCGACUUCCCGAUCGUCUAUUGCAACGAAACCUUUUGCAAGAUCUCUGGUUACAAUCGUGCCGAGGUUAUGCAAAAGUCAUGCCGAUGUGGAUUCAUGUACGGGGAAUUAACGAACAAGGAUACGAUUUCAAGGAUAGAAGAAUGUCUCGAGGGCCAAAUUCACGACCAAUUCGAGAUUCUGCUCUACAAGAAGAACAGUACCCCACGAGAAACACCACUAUGGCUACUACUACAAAUAGCACCGAUCAAAAACGAACGAGACUUGGUUGUCCUGUUCCUGUUAACCUUCCGGGACAUCACAGCUUUAAAGCAACCCAUAGAGACGGACGACAGCAAGGGUGGUCUAUCAAAAUUUGCCAAACUCGCAAGAUCGGUGACAAGAUCAAGAUCGGUUCUUGUUUCACAGUUCAGCUCCCACCUUCCGGCUCUGAAGGAUACUGCUUUACCAACCACGACCAAACAAUCGCAUCUAGCUCAUAUGAUGUCCUUAAGUGGAGAUGUAAUGCCACAGUACAGACAGGAAGCACCAAAGACUCCACCACAUAUUUUAUUACACUAUUGUGCGUUCAAAGCGAUCUGGGAUUGGAUUAUUUUGUGCUUGACAUUUUACACAGCUAUUAUGGUUCCGUACAAUGUUGCCUUUAAAAAUAAAACCAGCGAGGAUGUUUCACUUUUGGUACUCGACAGUAUAGUCGAUGUCAUAUUCUUUAUAGAUAUAGUAUUAAAUUUUCAUACUACGUUCGUUGGGGCUGGUGGUGAAGUUGUGUCCGACCCAAAAGUAAUCAGGAUGAAUUAUUUAAAAUCUUGGUUCAUCAUCGAUCUAUUGAGCUGCCUACCUUACGACGUGUUCAACGCAUUCGAUCACGAUGAGGAUGGUAUAGGUAGUCUUUUCUCAGCUUUGAAAGUCGUCCGUUUACUUCGUCUUGGAAGAGUCGUUCGCAAACUCGAUCGGUAUCUGGAGUAUGGAGCCGCCAUGCUCAUUCUACUCCUCUGUUUCUACAUGUUGGUUGCUCACUGGCUAGCCUGUAUCUGGUACGUCACAUUAAGGUAUUCGAUAGGAAGAUCGGAUGCUGACAAUGGAGUUCAAUAUUCAUGGCUGUGGAAAUUGGCCAAUGUUACCCAGACACCAUACAACUACUUGUGGACCAAUACCAGCACUGCACCAGAACUAGUAGCUGGACCAUCACGCUACACGAUGUAUGUAACUGCUCUGUAUUUCACGAUGACUUGCAUGACUUCCGUCGGCUUUGGAAACGUUGCAGCAGAAACAGAUAAUGAGAAGAUCUUUACUAUCUGCAUGAUGAUCAUUGCCGCCUUGCUGUAUGCUACGAUAUUUGGUCACGUUACCACCAUAAUUCAACAAAUGACGGCAUCCACCGCCAAAUAUCAUGACAUGCUAAACAACGUCCGGGAAUUCAUGAGACUCCAUGAAGUACCUAAGGCACUUAGCGAACGUGUCAUGGAUUAUGUAAUAAGUACAUGGGCAAUGACCAAAGGCCUAGAUACAGACAAGGUGCUUAACUACUGCCCCAAAGAUAUGAAAGCCGAUAUUUGCGUACAUCUUAAUCGGAAAGUUUUCAAUGAACAUCCUGCUUUCAGGUUGGCAUCCGAUGGAUGCUUACGUGCUUUAGCAAUGCAUUUUACAAUGUCGCACAGUGCACCUGGUGAUCUGCUCUAUCACACAGGUGAAUCUAUCGACUCGCUGUGCUUCAUCGUCACCGGAAGCCUAGAAGUGAUACAAGACGAUGAGGUAGUAGCAAUACUUGGAAAAGGGGAUGUCUUUGGAGACAGCUUUUGGACGAACCCAACGAUUGGACAGAGUGCAGCUAACGUUAGAGCACUUACUUAUUGUGAUCUUCAUACCAUUAAGCGUGAUCGACUGUUAGAAGUUUUGGAUUUUUAUCAAGCCUUCGCAAAUUCCUUCGCCAGAAAUCUUGUAUUAACGUACAAUCUAAGCAAUCGGCUGAUCUUUCGAAAAGUGGCCGACGUACGUCGUGAAAAGGAGCUUGCUGAAAGACGAAAAAAUGAGCCACAGUUGGAUCAAGCACAGGAUCAUUUAGUUCGCAAAAUUUUUUCGAGGUUCAAGACCGAAGGAGAAGCCCAAAUCAGCGUGUCCAAAGUCGUUUCAACACGGUCCCAACAGGAUUCAGAUGAGGAACUCACCGUGAACGUCCUGCCGCCCUGGCCCAGUUUUAGGUUUCGUAGAGAGAGACAUACGGCAGACGUUGAGAAAGGGGACAGUAAGGAUGGGAAAGAUGGCGAAUCAUCGCAUUCGAGAAAACCGUCCACCGAUGAGAAUGUCGCUGCCAAACCUCGAACCGGCAAAUGGGGAAGAUUGUUAGGUAGUUCCAGUUUGGACUCUGGUAGUGAAACAGGUACGGUUGGUGACACGUUCAAGAGAUCAUUAAGUGCACGAGACUCACGUCCAAGUUCUAGUACCGGUACGAACAAGGUCUUUCCAAAAUUCGGAAAGUUAGGUGGUACGAUAGAAGAAACAGGUGGAGGAGACAAUGCUGAUAAAGAUGGACAACAACAGCAACAGCAACAACAACAACAACAACCACAACAACCAUCUCAAAAUCUUACGGUUGAUUCGAAACAAUUACAAUUACGACGUUUGGAAAGUUACGAUGGUGGUUUGAUAUCGACUCAGCCUAGUCACGAUCGUGAAAUUCUUGCUGCAGUAUUGGAAGUGAAGGUUGAUUUAAAGCUCGAAGUGCAAAGAGUGAAUCAAAGGCUUGCUAAGAUGGAAGAUAUGCUGCAAACUUUGUUAAGUCGAGUUCCAUUUGCUGCAACUCCUCCAAGUGGUACAGGUAUUUCCCAACAACAACAGCAGCAACAACAACAACAACAGCAACAGCAGCAGCAACAACAACAACAACAGCAAAGACCCUCGAAUUUUCCAUCGAGUAGUUCAGCUCAAAAUCAAUUAUCUUGCCAAAUGCAAGUGAAUCAACAACAAAGUACUCCUCAAGGUAUACAAACGUCAGAACAGAAGGCAUCUACGAGUACUACUGUUACAACGCCUAGCGAAGGCUACAGAGAACAACAACAACAACAACCACAGCCUAUAGAACAACGUAGUUCAAAGAGCCAAGAACAUCAUCACCAUCAUCACCACCAUCAUCAACAGCCAAAAGAUUCGGAUAGACUGUCGGGUAGUUCCGAAUAUAAAACUUCCUCGAGAGAAGUUAGCAAAGAACUUCUCGAAAGACUUACCCAAGCAUCAACCUCAAGAGGUGACGAUUCUAGUGCACUUGGACCUUUGAUUUUAAGAAAACGAAGAAGUAAAUCGCGUAACAAGGGUGCUGCGCCUCUCGCACCUUUAGCAACCCAACCGGUUAGUCCCUCGGAGGCUACGGAAACUACACAAAUGUUAGAAUGUACUGACGAUCGCGAGGCUAGCAGUGCCAGUGCUGAAAGAACUGAGAGGACCGAAAGGACCGAUAGGUCCGAACGAAAAAGGCCACCACCCAGGCCUAGAGAAUAUUAUUGAAAGUUCUUCCGAUCUAAUCCUUAAUUCCUUCUAAUCCUAAAUCCUUUCAUCUUUCCUAUAUCCCUACUUCUUCUUCUUCUUCUUCUUCUUCAUCAUCUUCUUCUACUUCUCUUCAUUUCUUAAUUCUCGAUCUGGGUGGGAUGGUUCUUCUGUUCAAAUUAAAAUUAAUUAAUCCUUCGCGAUAAUUAAACAAUAACAAAAAAAAUAUAUAUAUAAUAAGAAAAUACACACACUCCCUUCUUUCUAAGUAACACAAUAGAAUACAAGGGGGGGGGCAAGAGAAAGGGGGAGGGGGAACUAUCAAUUAGGCCAAUAAAGUUAGCCUAAUUUCUCAUCCCCCUUAGUUCGGACUAUGUUUCGUGAUGAAUCUAAUACAAUUAUUAUAAACGUAAAAUAUAUGUAACUUCAAGGACCCGUUAAAUAUUUUUCGCUAAAUUGCUGCUUCCUCGAAGUGACAUUCAUUUUGCGCGUACACAUAUGAACGAAAUAAUAAUUAUUUCGAAUGAAAAAAAAAAAAAAAGAAAAAAUGAAAACAAAUAAAAAGGA